AUGAAAAUUGGGACUUGGAAGAAGCUGACUUGUGGGUUCUGCUACAUUCAAUACAAACGUCUUCGUCAAACUCUGGGCUUGCCAUUUCCUCGUGCAACUGAUCCUGGCUUUUGGGUUGGACACUAUACCAAAGAUGAUGACGGGAAUGUUGUUUGUCCUCAACUGCGUAAGCUGAUGUGCCCUCUCUGCUUUGCUACUGGCAAAAAGGCGCACACUCUUAAGUUCUGUCCGCUGCAAAAGUGAAGAUAUUUAAAUAUAAUGUUAUAUACCAAAAAACGCAAACCGGAACUGCCAAAUUAUUUCUACUUUUUUAAAUCUCUCAUUGCUCGCUUCUGGCAAGAAACUCUCCUCUCUUAUUUUUCUGAUUUAUUUUGGUAUAUUUUACUGAUAUUAUAUAUUACCUCUAUUUUUCUUAAAAAACUUCUUAAAAAAAGAUUGUACUUGAUAUAUCCUAUAUCUCUCCGUAUAUUUUAUAAAAGGGUGAAACAAGAGAAUUUUGGGACGAA